AGCAGAUUUUAAAAAUCAUCAACAUUCAACAUGGUUCAGAUUCAAUACAGUGUAGCUCAAAGAGUUGCCUUUGCUGGGUUAACUCUUGGGUUUUUGAUGUGCUUUGCCGGAGUUAUACCCCCGUUUUGGGUUACUGCCAAAGUAAGUUGAUUUUAAUUGUAGUUUAUAUUUAAAGUAAUUUUUUCUAUUGAAUAAUCCAUAACCUUAAUGGUUUAUCACUGAGAUUGUUCAUAAGGUUUGUCAGCAGAAAUUUCAUUGAAUAUUUUAAAUCAGUAUCGCAAUAUAAAUCUGUUAGUCACAUGGAUGCUUUUCACGUGAUGAAUAGAUUAUGGUAGCAGCUCUACUGAAAAAUCAUGUGACAUAACCUCAGCUGUGUUUGAUGGGCCAUAAGAAAUAUGAGUUAUAAAUUCGUACUGUUCUCUAAGAUACAUCUGUUAUUUUCUGAUGAUGUCCCCAUGACAACAAAAUAGAAACAGAUGAUUAAAUUACAAGACUGAUGGAGGUUUUCAGAUUCUCAGUCGGGAAUCCGUUUAUCUUUUAUUCUAAACUUUCCUGAAUGAUUUAUACAAUAUAACUGGUUUUGUGUUUAUUAGUAAUACUGUUGGUUGAAAUCUUUGUAUUAUCUAAGGUUCGGGGGGGGGGGUGGGGGGGGGGGGGGCGCGACAUCAGUGCUCAAUAAAAAAAUAGCACAAAUAUAUCAGAUUAACAAGGGUCCUAUUAGCACCCAUUCACCAGGGGUCCCCUUCGCAUCCGGUCACCAGGGGUCCCCUUCACAUCCGGUCACCAGGGGUCCCUUUAGCACCCCGUCUCCAGCGAGCCUAAACUUUUUACCAAAGGCCAUAAGUUUUUUCAGAUUAAAAUGUUCUAAAAUCAUUCUACUGGCUCCUGAAAAGUUUAUACUUUUUUAUACUGUUGUGUUCAGUUAAGUAGUCAAACUUUCUAUCUUUCUAUAGUUCAAUCUUUCUAUCUUUCUAUAGUUCAAGCUUUCUACAGUUCAAUCUUUCUACAGUUCAAUCUUUGUAUAGUUAUAUCUUUCUACAGUUCAAUCUUUCUAUAGUUAUAUUACAUCAAGAAAUGGCGUCAGCGGGGCGAGUUUACACUCUUAUGCCCCCCCCCCAAUUACCCUCCCCGGUCCGACGUAUCGGGCCACUGAGCGGCACGCUGGAGAUGCCCACACGUCAGGACGGCCCCCACCCGGGCCCCUCACCCAAGUCCCCCACCUGGGCGCUCGACCAGGACCUCACCUGAGGGCCGCCCCAACCCGGUCGAUCCGACACUAUGCGCUUAAAUAGUGCACUCGAUCGACUUUCUCAGGAGUUGGGAUGGAAAAUUUACAUCCUCAUAUCUUCCCCCACCCAUCCCGGGAAAGCGUCGGACGCCCUAUAAGAGGGAUUCCACAGUGGGUUUCCAAAACGCAACUAGUUCACGCUGUAGCUGGGACGAAACGGUUGCCUAUGGACAGCUUUCUCACGGCUGUGUUAUUUGAAUCCUCUUUACAGUUCAAUCUUUCUAUAGUUCUAUCUUUCUAUAGUUCAAUCUUUCUAUAGUUCAAUCUUUCUAUAGUUCAAUCUUUCUAUAGUUCAAUCUUUCUAUCUUUCUAUAGUUCAAUCUUUCUAUAGUUCAAUCUUUCUAUCUUUCUAUAGUUCAAUCUUUCUAUAGUUCAAUCUUUCUAUCUUUCUAUAGUUCAAUCUUUCUAUAGUUCAAUCUUUCUAUAGUUCAAUCUUUCUAUAGUUCAAUCUUUCUAUCUUUCUAUAGUUCAAUCUUUCUAUAGUUCAAUCUUUCUAUAGUUCAAUCUUUCUAUAGUUCAAUAUUUCUAUAGUUCAAUCUUUCUAUAGUUCAAUCUUUCUAUAGUUCAAUCUUUCUAUAGUUCAAUCUUUCUAUAGUUCAAUCUUUCUAUAGUUCAAUCUUUCUAUAGUUCAAUAUUUCUAUAGUUCAAUUUUUCUAUCUUUCACCUCAUCCUCAAGACUCCCCACACUUAUUAAAUUUUAAAAAUAGUCUGUUCAUUACUGCUGACUUCUAGUGCACAGACACCUGAAUGCUGACUUCUAGUGCACAGACACCUGACUGCUGACUUCUCGUGCACAUGCACCUGACUGCUGACUUCUCAUGCACAGACAACUGACUGCUGACUUCUCGUGCACAGACACCUGACUGCUGACUUCUAGUGCACAGACACCUGACUGCUGACUUCUCGUGCACAUGCACCUGACUGCUGACUUCUCGUGCACAGACAACUGACUGCUGACUUCUCGUGCACAUGCACCUGACUGCUGACUUCUCGUGCACAGACAACUGACUGCUGACUUCUCGUGCACAGACACCUGACUGCUGACUUCUAGUGCACAGACACCUGACUGCUGACUUCUCGUGCACAUGCACCUGACUGCUGACUUCUCGUGCACAGACAACUGACUGCUGACUUCUAGUGCACAGACACCUGACUGCUGACUUCUCGUGCACAUGCACCUGACUGCUGACUUCUCGUGCACAUGCACCUGAAUGCUGACUUCUAGUGCACAGACACCUGACUGCUGACUUCUAGUGCACAUACAUCUGGCUGCUGACUUCUCGUGCACAGACACUUGACUGCUGACUUCUCGUGCACAGACAACUGACUGCUGACUUCUAGUGCACAGACACCUGACUGCUGACUUCUCGUGCACAUGCACCUGACUGCUGACUUCUCGUGCACAUGCACCUGACUGCUGACUUCUAGUGCACAGACAACUGACUGCUGACUUCUAGUGCACAGACACCUGACUGCUGACUUCUCGUGCACAGACACCUGACUGCUGACUUCUCGUGCACAGACAACUGACUGCUGACUUCUCGUGCACAGACACCUGACUGCUGACUUCUAGUGCACAGACCACUGAUUGCUGACUUCUAUUGCAUAGGCACCUGACUGCUGACUUCUAGUGCACAUACACCUGACUGAAAAAUAAGCUCUCUCCCACCAACAAGCCAUCCACCUCCCCUAGUGCAAUCAACGUUUUUUUAAACGCAGACAACGUAAUUAAUUGCUCAAUCUAUUGGUAGACUCCAGUCAACAUAAUUGCCUAAAGACUCUAUUGGUUGACUCCAGACAACAUAAUUAUUGGUAGAGUCCAGACAACAUAAUUACCUAAACACUCUAUUGGUAGACUCCAGUCAAAAAGUUGUAUUGAGGCAAGCUAAAUUUAAUUUCUGAAAGGAAAAAAAAAAAUUAAAAUAUCGUUACAAAAAUUAAAAUAUCUUUGCAACAAUAAUUUUUAUCUGAUACAAAUCCUAAAUAAAAAAUAUUCAUGAAUUUUUCAUAGAUUGAUAAUUUUAUAAAACUUAAAAUAAUUGAUUAUAUUAAUUUGACACAUAAUUGUUUGAUUUGACAUUAAUUUUGUUUCAGUUGUCACCUAAUAUUUUAACACAAUAUUUUGGCGUAAGUAUUCCUAUAAUCGGUAGCAUUGAAUUGAUUUCCAUGAAUGGAGGUUUGUGGUGGUAUUGUGUAGAUGUCGUAACUCGAGACAGUGUAUGCGAUGUAAACUCAAUGGAUUUUAGCGAGGGUAAGUAAACUUUCCUACAUGAGUCAGCUGUUUGUGAUAAGCCAGCUAAAACAGAUUUUUGUUUUUGUCAGGUUUAAGCGCCCUCUCCUAUGUUUUUUCUGUUUUAGGUAGGAUAUAUAUAUUGACAUUAUGUAAAUUUAAUUUAUACUUAUUUAAAUGUGUUGUGUUUGUUUGUACUGAUGAAGGCAUGUGCCGAAACGUUUAAUUCUGUAUAAUGUACAAUUAUUAUUAAAGCUAACUCAUAUUGUUCUAUUGACACAAUUUGUUCGUGUCUUAUUAAUAUAUUUUAAAGCUUUAUUGCAGUCCAACACUUUUUAUAAUUAGUUAACUUGACUUAAUUCUGACUGCUACUAUUUAUAUGUACCUGUCUUCUGUCAUUUUAUUACUAGUUUAUUUUGACAUACUAGUGCAAUUUUUUUUCUAAUUGUUUUUAUUAUGUAAAUUUAAUUUAUACUUAUUUAAAUGUGUUGUGUUUGUUUGUACUGAUGAAGGCAUGUGCCGAAACGUUUAAUUCUGUAUAAUGUACAAUUAUUAUUAAAGCUAACUCAUAUUGUUCUAUUGACACAAUUUGUUCGUGUCUUAUUAAUAUAUUUUAAAGCUUUAUUGCAGUCCAACACUUUUUAUAAAACAGAUAGGUCAACCAUUUCUGAUAUUUCAACUAUUACUGAUAAUUUAACCAUUACUGAUAUGUCAACUGGUUCUGAUAAGUCAAAUGGGACUGAUAAGUCAACUAGGACUGAAAGACAAUUGUAUGAUAUUGAUAAGUCAGCUAGUAGUGAUAAAUAAUAAUAAUAAUAAUAAUAGAGUUCAUUUCAAAAACACAAUAGACAAGUGCAUAUAAGCAAACUAGUGCUGAUUUAGACCUAUCACCUUUAAAACUUUGGUAUGUUAAUAAUGAUCUUUUAAAGAAUCCUUCUGUUCAGUUUAUUAAUUUAGAUAUUUGAAAACUAAGGCAUUAAAUAAAAAAUUAAGUAACAAAAAUAUAAAAUCAAAUGUUGGAUUAUUGAGUUAAUUAAAAAUUGUAUUGUUAUUUUUUUUUAUUAAUGACAUUUAAAUAAAAUAUUUUUAAAGAUAUGCCUGAUGUUAGGUGUAUAAGCAACCCUUUUUCGAAAAUGUUAAGUUUUUAACAAAGGGAUGAUGCAUAAAUAAAUAAAUAUAUAAAUAAUAAUUUUAAAAAAUAUAAGGGAUGUUUCGUAUAGUACACACUAUUUAAUUAAAUUUCAGUAACUAUUAUGUCAGUAGGUUAUUUUCGCACAUGAUGUAAAACUUUAUUCAAAGUGUAAUCACAUAUACAAUAAGGGAUCACAAAAACAGUUUAAGAUAAAAAAAAUACAGUAUGCGAUCACAGAUUCAGUUUAAUGUUGCAAAUACAAUAAGAUCAGAAAUACAAUGAGAGAUAAAAAAUACAUUGUGAGAAAACAAAUACAAUAAAAGAUCAGAAAUACAAUGAUAGAUCACAAAUGCAAUAAUGGAUAACUAAUACAAUAUGAGAUCACAAAUACCUUGUGAGAUCACAAACAAAAUGAGAGAUAACAAAACAAUGUGAGGUCACAAAUACAAUGAGAGAUAAAAAAUACAGUAUGAGAUCACAAAUACAAUUAGAGAUCACAAAUACAAUGAGAGAUCACAAAUACAAUGAGAGAUCACAAAUACAAUGAGAGAUCACAAAUACAAUGAGAGAUCAAGAAUAAAAUGAGAGAUCACAAAUACAAUGAGAGAUCAAAUACAAUUAGAGAUAAAAAAUACAAUGAGAGAUAACAAAUACAAUGAGAGAUCACAAAUACAAUGAGAGAUCAAAUACAAUUAGAGAUAAAAAUACAAUGAGAGAUAACAAAUACAGUGAGAGAUCACAAAUACAAUGAGAGAUAACAAAUACAAUGAGAUAUAAAAAAUACAGUGUGAGAUCCCAAAUACCAUGAGAGAUCACAAAUACAAUGAGAGAUAACAAAUACAGUGUGAGAUUACAAAUACAAUAAGAGAUAACAAAUACAAUGAGAAAUAAAAAAUACAGUGUGAGAUUACAAAUACAAUGAGCGAUAACAAAUACCGUGUAAGAUCCCAAAUACCAUGAGAGAUCACAAAUACAAUGAGAGAUCCCAAAUACCAUGAGAGAUCACAAAUACAAUGAGAGAUAACAAAUACAGUGUGAGAUUACAAAUACAAUAAGAGAUAACAAAUACAAUGAGAAAUAAAAAAUACAGUGUGAGAUUACAAAUACAAUGAGCGAUAACAAAUACAGUGUAAGAUCCCAAAUUCCAUGAGAGAUCACAAAUACAAUGAGAGAUAACAAUUACAGUGUGAGAUCAUAAAUACAAUGAGAGGUAACAAAUACAGUGUGAGAUAACAGAUAUAAUACGACGACGACUAUUCAGGCUCACCAUGUUGUACAAGAUAACAAAUGGGCUGGUCCACUGCUCCGGAAUCAAACAGAAACUCGUUCAUCUUCCCCCCAGACUGCGACGAAGCCACGACAGACAGUUCCGGCUGGUAAAAACAGAAACAAAGUACAGAAGCUCCUCAUUCCUGCCGAAGACAAUAGGGGACUGGAACAAGCUUCCAAAAGAAACAGUUGAGGCAUCUACACUCGACACAUUUGUGUUUAUUGCCUCCUGUAUUCCAACCCACAGUUCAUAACACCACUGCUGAGUUGCCCUUGCAACUAGUGAAGUAUCCCAUUGAAACCCAUGAACAGUAACAUCGCAAACCCCUCUGACACAUAGGAGCCAGAAUGAUCAAUUCAUUGAUCUUGGGCCCUUAAAAUAAAGAAAAAGAAGAAGAUAACAAAUAGGCCUACAAUGUGAGAUCACAAAUACAGUGUGAGAUCAGAAAUACAAUGUUAGAUCACAAAUGGAAUGAGAGAUAACAAAUACAAUGAGAGAUAACAACUACAAUGAGAGAUAACAAAUACAAUGAGAGAUAACAAAUACAGUGUGAGAUGAAAAAUACAGUAAGAGAUAACAAAUACAAUGUGGGAUCACAAAUACAGUGUGAAAUUACAAAUACAAUGAGAGAUAACAAAUACAGUGUGAGAUGACAAAUACAAUAAGAGAUAACAAAUACAAUAAGAGAUAACAAAUACCUUGGGAAAUUAUAAAAUACAUUGAUUGAUAACAAAUACAGUGUGAGAUGACAAAUAAAAUAAGAGAUUACAAAUACAAUUAGAGAUUACAAAUACGAUGAGAGAUAACAAAUACAUUGUGAGAUGACAAAUACAAUGAAAGAUUAAAAAUACAAUCUGAGAUUACAAACACAAUGAGAGAUUACAAAUACAAUGAGAGAUAACAAUUACAUUGUGAGAUCACAAAUACAAUGAGAGAUAACAAAUACAGUUUGAGAUUAUAAAUACAAUGAGAGAUAACAAAUACAGUGUGAGAUUACAAAUACAAUGAGAGAUAACAAAUACAGUGUGAGAUCACAUAUACAAUGAGAGAUAACAAAUACAGUGUGAGAUAACAAAUACAAUAAGAGUAACAAAUACAGUGUGAGAUGGCUAAUACAAUGAGAGAUUACAAAUACAGUGCGAGAUUACAAAUACAAUAAUAGAUUACAAAUACAGUGAGAGAUAACAAAUACAGUUUGAGAUUAUAAAUACAAAGAGAGAUAAGAAAUACAGUGUGAGAUCACAAAUAGAAUGAGAGAUAACAAAUACAGUGUGUAAUUACAAAUACAAUGAGAGAUAACAAAUAUGGUGGGAGAUUACAAAUGUAAUGAGAGAUAACAAAUACAAUGAGAGAUAACAAAUACAAUGAGAUAUAACAAAUACACUCUCAGAUCACAAAUACAAUGAGAGAUAACAAAUACACUCUCAGAUCACAAAUACAAUGAGAGAUAACAAAUACAGUGUGAGAUCACAAAUAGAAUAAGAGUAACAAAUACAGUGUGAGAUUACAAAUACAAUGAAAGAUCCAUAAAAGUACUUACCUUAUCGAGAACAACAUAUCUACGUUAAUUUACCAUAAGAAACAGAUAUUCACAGUUUCCUUUUAAAUUUCUUAUUCGAUCCUCAUUCAUUAAAAAAAUAUCAAUUUUUAUCACAGUGGCAUAGACUGAGAAGACUUUGUGGCCAUGGUGAGGAUUUGGGGGGAAAAUACGGCUGAAAGGUUAAUUUUUUUCCAACGCUAUAGCCUGAGACAAUUUUAAAAGCAGCUGUCACUCGAAUUAAAGGCAUGACUGGGCAGGAUUAUUUUAAAGCUAUUCAUUCUGACACCAGGGAUAGGUCUAAAUUUAUUUUAACUUUUCAUCCCCAUUACCUUAAAUCUCGUUGUCUGGCCCUCAAACACCAUUCCAUUCAUAUGGCAGACCCUGUCUCGUUGUCUGGCUCUCAAACACCAUUCCAUUCUUAUGGCAGACCCUGUCUCGUUGUCUGGCUCUCAAACACCAUUCCAUUCUUAUGGCAGACCCAGUCUCGUUGUCUGGCUGAGACAAAAGUCUGAUCUUAGAGUACGCAACAAAAGUCUGAUCUAAGAGUAUGCAACAAAAGUCCGAUCUAAGAGUAUGCAACAAAAGUCUGAUCUAAGAGUAUGCAACAAAAGUCUGAUCUAAGAGUAUGCAACAAAAGUCUGAUCGAAGAGUAUGCAACACUGGUCUGAUCUAAGGGUAUGCAACAAAAGUCUGAUCUAACAGUAUGCAACAAAAGUCUGAUCUAACAGUAUGCAACGAAAACCGAUACCAAAGCCAGUGAUACUAAAUUGAAAUUUAAUUAUAUAAAUACUUUUUUAUGCAAAUACAAGUGUGAGUACAAAAACAAAAAGCAUAUACACUUAGAGCUACAGCAAAGGGAAAAUAAAGGUACAAUGCUCAAACCACAACGAAACCAUGCAGCUUUAUAUAGGAAUUAAAUCCGAACGUUCUAGUAGAGAAACAACCAGAUAUUGCGUCAAAUAAUGGAUUUCUGGAGAUAACAUUUAAAGCAUUCGAAUUCAAAUGUAAACUGUGAGGGUAUCAGUACCCCGUGACAUCGGUUUCAAGGCAAUUCUACUCGCAGACAGUUGUGGUGGCUAAAAAUAACUGUGUUGAAGUGAAAAUCAAGCUAUACUCUAUACUAGUGGAGAGAAGUGCUAUAAAUAGCUAAGUGGACGGUCAAAAAUAAGUCCAGCCCAACGUUUUACUAAGCUAUAUAUAUUUAUCACCAGUUCUAAUUGUCGGUUUAUUAUUUUUUCCAACUGAGAUUAUUGACUAUUUUUAAAAUUAUCAUAUUGUAAGGGAACCUUGCUUACUCUCUGAUUAACUUCAUCUAGAUCUGGUACUCAAUAAGGAAACAACUCCGGUGAUACAUUUGAUGAUUAAACACGUGUUCUUUAUUGGCUGUCACUUGCUUACACUUUCACUCGUCUCACAACUCUGACUUCUCCCUCUAUCUAGUUCUCAGUCCGGCUGCCUUCUAAUUUCGUCCCGUCCAGAGUUCCCUAUUUAUACCUCCCCGUCCCAUAGUUCCUCUCCCAGUCCCGAUUAUACCCCGCCCCCUGUUUCUCAAUUGUCGCCAUGGUCUAGACGUCCCAGGUAAAUGCCCUGGUCAGAUGGAUGGCCGAUACCGCCCCCCAGCGCUUGAUCCUUCGGUCGUGUCUGGGUGUAAGAGGGCCGUAAAUGGUCAGGCGUUUGAUCCUUGUCUGGGUGGUCAGACGGCCGUAAUCCCUGAUGACCGGUAAUCUGUCCGGCGCCGGCGCUCGUGCGUGGUCCGACUCUCCACAAUAUUUCAUAUCAUCGAUUCUCAUUCUAAAAUACCAGUUUAAUCAAAAUAAAUGGUUGGUUUUCAAAUUCUACAAAGCCCAUUUUCCAAUAGCCCUUCCCCCCACCCCCAAACGUCAUACUGCACCAUGUGGGCAUAGGCCCCACUUUGGGAAACAUUGGUUUAGAAUGUAUUACAAAUAGGGGUCAUAUCCUUUGGGGGGGGGGAUUAAAGGGGUAGUGUGGGAACUCACCCAAGAUCUUCCCAAAAUACAUAUUUAUUUUAAAAAAAUAAAUUUCUUUCUUUCUUAUCAAACAGAUUACAGAAUCAUUUUUCUCGUGCGUCUCUGCAGGAUACAAUCCCUGAGAGUAAAAAAAAAUAAAAACCGGUUACAAAAUAAGAGUGUAUACAGUAGAUUCACAAAUGUCAUAGAUUCACAAAUGUCAUAGAUUCACAAAUGUCAUUGACUCACAAAUGUCAUAGACUCACAAAUGUCAUAGAUUCACAAAUGUCAUAGACUCACAAAUGUCAUAGACUCACAAAUGUCAUAGAUUCACAAAUGUCAUAGACUCACAAAUGUCAUAGACUCACAAAUGUCAUAGAUUCACAAAUGUCAUAGAUUCACAAAUGUCAUAGAUUCACAAAUGUCAUAGACUCACAAAUGUCAUAGACUCACAAAUGUCAUAGAUUCACAAAUGUCAUAGAUUCACAAAUGUCAUAGAUUCACAAAUGUCAUUGACUCACAAAUGUCAUAGAUUCACAAAUGUCAUAGACUCACAAAUGUCAUAGAUUCACAAAUGUCAUAGAUUCACAAAUGUCAUAGAUUCACAAAUGUCAUAGAUUCACAAAUGUCAUAGAUUCACAAAUGUCAUAGACUCACAAAUGUCAUAGACUCACAAAUGUCAUAGAUUCACAAAUGUCAUAGAUUCACAAAUGUCAUUGACUCACAAAUGUCAUAGACUCACAAAUGCCAUAGAUUCACAAAUGUCAUAGACUCACAAAUGUCAUAGAUUCACAAAUGUCAUUGACUCACACAUGUCAUAGACUCACAAAUGUCCUAGACUCACAAAUGUCAUAGACUCACAAAUGUCAUAGACUCACAAAUGUCAUAGAUUCACAAAUGUCAUAGACUCACAAAUGUCAUAGAUUCACAAAUGUCAUAGAUUCACAAAUGUCAUAGACUCACAAAUGUCAUAGAUUCACAAAUGUCAUAGACUCACAAAUGUCAUAGAUUCACAAAUGUCAUUGACUCACACAUGUCAUAGACUCACAAAUGUCAUAGACUCACAAAUGUCAUAGACUCACAAAUGUCAUAGACUCACAAAUGUCAUAGACUCACAAAUGUCAUAGACUCACAAAUGUCAUAGAUUCACAAAUGUCAUAGACUCACAAAUGUCAUAGAUUCACAAAUGUCAUUGACUCACACAUGUCAUAGACUCACAAAUGUCAUAGACUCACAAAUGUCAUAGACUCACAAAUGUCAUAGACUCACAAAUGUCAUAGACUCACAAAUGUCAUAGAUUCACAAAUGUCAUAGACUCACAAAUGUCAUAGAUUCACAAAUGUCAUAGACUCACAAAUGUCAUAGAUUCACAAAUGUCAUAGACUCACAAAUGUCAUAGAUUCACAAAUGUCAUAGACUCACACAUGUCAUAGACUCACAAAUGUCAUAGAUUCACAAAUGUCAUAGACUCACAAAUGUCAUAGACUCACAAAUGUCAUAGACUCACAAAUGUCAUAGACUCACAAAUGUCUUUUGUGUACAAUUUCAGUUGGCGCUUGGGUCAUGCGAGUGUGUUCUGUAGUGAAUUUGAUUUUGUCUUUGGUGUGUGCCCUUGUAGCCCUUUGUAGAAGUUGUUGCUGUUGUGGUGGCAAGACUGUCUGUCAUGGAGUUAUGACAUUCUUUGCUGGUAAGUAUAAACGAAUAACUUGGUCUUUUACCUUGCUGAACACUUUGGGCAUCUCCAGCCUUAUGUUGGUCUUUUACCUUGCUGAACACUUUGGGCAUCUCCAGCCUUAUGUUGGUCUCUUAACUUGCGAAUCUUCCAGUCUUCAGAUAUUUGAUGACAAUCUUCUCCAUCAAUAUACCCACAAGGUAUGGUAUUCACUUUUAUUUAGCCAAUGGCGGACAAACAAUUGAACCCAGGGAUCAUGGCAGUUAACGGGUUACAUAUACUUAAGAUGUCCUGGGUUCAAUAGUUUAUCUAGCCAUAGCUACGUAAAAGUUAAUUUCAUACCUUGGGAUAUUACCCCGAAUGUGGGCAUAAUGUACAUUAAACCGUCUAGUGGCGUCACCUGCGAUCUACUUAGGAAAAAACAAUAUGCAUAUUACUCACCAGGGUCGCGCCUAUGAUGCGGAUGCUAGAUUUAUUUCGUGCAUACAGUUGGCUUGCCUCGCGAGAUGACUCUUCUGGUUGAGGCAUCUAUUUUGAUCACGUGAAUGGAAUAUCUGUUUUGUUUGCAGAACAAGUGUUUAUCCAUGAUGCUCCUUUCCAUUAUUAGUCAUUUAUCUUGAUGAUUGUUAAGUGUUUAGUUCUAUAUUUGUACUUUUUCAUUCAGGUUUGAGUUUUGGUGGCUAUUGUAGACCGACUUAUCUUGAUCCCUAUUUGGGGAUCAUAUCUGAUAAUGACUUGAAUUUUGCAAAUAUUCCAUAUUUGGAUUUUACAGUAAAUAGCUCAAGGGGGGGGGGGGGGGGGGGGCUCCUUUCUUUUAAAGAAAUGGAUGAUAUUAUAAAUGACUUUUCUGAGUUUUGUUGAAGAAGAGAAUGACAGUGGUCCUAUAGUUAUCGUGAAACUUCCUCCAGAUGAGUUUAAGGAGCUUCAGACAACGAAGAUAUUGAUGACAACAUAAUUGAUGAUGAUGUAUUGGUCGAUUUUCUGCUUACAAACAGGCAAUUGUAACCAGAUGCAAGUCUAUGAAGGCAAGGCAGGUAAUGAUGAUAAGCCAGGCGUGUCCGGACAUGGGGAAUAUGUUGUUUUAAAAAUGAUUUCGAUUUUAGAGACAUCAAAUGUUCACUAAAUUUAUUUUGACACUUUCUUAUUCUUCUUCUAUACAUUUCAGGGCCAACGAUCAAUUUAUUGAUUGUUUUGGCUCCUAUGCAUGUAGAGGGGAUUUGCAAUGUUUCUGUGCCUGGUGUUGAUGUGGAUAUUUCACUGGUUGCAAGGGCUACUUACUGAGGGUGUCAUGCACUGGGGGUUGGAAGGCAAUAGACGCAAAUGUGUUUAGUGUUGUCGCCCCAACUGUUUCCUUUUGAAAGAUUGUUCCAGUCCCUGAUUGUCUUUGGCAGGAAUGAGCAGUUCCUGUACUGGCUUCUUCAUGGCCUCGUCGCUGUCUAUGGGGGAGAGGGCCAAGUUUCUGUUUAAUAUUGGAACAGUGGACCAUUCCAUUAUUUAUCUUGUACAUCAUGGAGAGCUUGGAUUGUCGUCGUCGUUCCUCCAAUGGUGACCAGUCUAAUGUUUCCAGCAUGCUGCCAACACUAAAGGUAUUCCUGUAGUGGUUCAGGACAAAGUGUGCUGCUCGUCGCUGGACCACCUCCAUCCUGUCAAUGCUCUUCUGGGUAAAUGGGUCCCACACUGAAGAUGCAUAGUUUAAAAACAGAUGGACAAAGGUUUUAUAGGCUCUUUAUUUCACACUGAAGUUUCCAAUCUUUAGAUUACGCCUUAAGAAUCCCAGGAUCUUGUUGGCCUGGUUGCACGCAUUUUUUAUUUAAUCGUCCCAGCAGACCUCUCUUUGAAAGGAAACACCCAGGUAUUUUACGGAGGAAACUGGCUUAAGUAUAUGGCCAUGCAGUUGGUAUUGGUAGUGUAGAGGAGUACAACUUCUAGAGACUUACAGUAUCUGGCACUUGGCAGGCUGAAAUUCCUGUCCCAGCUCAUCUCCCACGAAGCUAACCGAUUGAGAUCCUGUUGUAGCUGGUCCUGGUCAGAUCUUUUGGCAAUCGUCCUAUACACCGCUGUGUCAUCUGCGAACAGUCUUGCUUGGGAUGACAGUUUCUCUGGUAGGUCAUUGAUGUAUGCAAGGACCAAACAAGGGCCUAGCACUGAUCCCUGGGAUCCCCCUGACUUAACACCGACAAAGGAGGAGCUUGUACCGUCCACCACUACUGCUUGGCAUCGGUCCAAAGGAAGCUAUAGUAGAGAUCCAUCCUUUAGUAGUGCCUUUGAUCCGAUAUCUCUGAAGUUUGUGUAGAAGCAAACUAUGAUUGACGUGGUCAAAUGCUUUUGAGAAUUCCAUCACCAGCAAGCAAGUUUGCUUGCUAUUCUACAGAUUUUUCAUCAAGUCUUUAACUAAUUCAAGGAGCUGGGUCUCACAUGAUCUAUUGACUCGGAAGCCAUGUUGACAGUCAUUGCGUAUAUUUUGGCUUUCAAGAUGCUUCUUGACUGCGCUUACGAUUAUUUGCUCCAACAGUUUGCAGACCACGCUGGUGAUGGAUCUCGGACGAUAGUUGGCAGGGUCGGAAUGCUCCCCUUUCUUGUAGAUUGGAGUGACAUGCGCUUUUCUCCUGUCUGAUGGAACAUUGCCUUUGCACAGUGACGAUUGGAAGAGGCUUGUCAGUGCAGGAGCGAUUUCUUUGGUUAAUUCUUUGAACACUCUUGAUUUGAUAUUGUCAGGACCACAUGCUUUGUAGGGGUUAAUGAUUUUGAGGAGGGAAAGCACACCCUCCGCUGAAAUCUGGAUUUCUUCCUCGAAAGGGUAGGCUUUGUUCAUCAUGUUUCGCUUCAGAAGGAACUCAGCCUCCGAGUACUCUCUACCGUCAUCAAAGACUAACUGGAACUUCUGAUUGAGAAUAUUUGCCUGCAUGUGUUUUUGUUUUAGAUGUCAAAUGGCCAUUCAUCCUUAGUGGGGAAACUCCAGCGUUUGAGGACUUAUGAUGCUUCACAAAGCUCUGGAAGCGCUUGUUCCUGACACCAUUGGUCGUACGACUGACAAGGACAUACAGAAAAGAACUGCUACUGCUUUGCUUCCCAGAAGGAAAUGUGGGUGUCACUUGGAACUACAACAGCUAUGUAGAGUUGCUCAGCAACAAUGAUACCAUAGACCCAAUGUCACAGAUGAAGCGAUAGAGUAGGGCUAAUAAGAAAGAGAUUCAAGUCUAACAACUGACAUUGAUAAUAUGCCAUCAUACCAUCAGGCUAUCAGUCCCCAACAGGUAAUUUGAACACAUUUGUUAGACAGGUAACAUGAACCGAGUUGGUGGACACGUAAUUUUAACAGAUUAGGUAGACAGGUAAUGUGAACAGAUUUGGAGGGCAGGUAAUCUGAACAGAUUUGGUAGGCAGGUUUAAUGAACAGGAUAAUAAAUGAAGGACAAAGUUCAAGCUGUGUAAAGGAAAUAGUGGAACAAGGCAUGUGGGAAUAUUGUGGACGCUUGAAGCAGAAAGUUAAGACAUGAAAGAAGAACGGUGCGUCUAAAAUCUCUCCUCCGCAGACAUGACAAAGAAAGAAACAUCAAGAAAUAAAAAGUUGUUCAGAAACUUUAGUGUUCGCCAUUCAUGUCAUUUCCAGAUCUCAAGAUGUCAUCUAAUUUUAAAAAAAAAUAAAUGCAAAUCAGCUUACAAUACAAAAUCAAAUUUAAAGGGGAUAUAAUCUAGAUUUAACGGGGUUGUGUUCCCUUGUCUUUACAGGUGCUGCAGGUGUCGCUGUGGUAGUGCUGUUUUCUCAGUCCAUGGAAGAUCUAUUUUUUUUCCAGUUAUCUCUGGCCCAGUACGGCUGGGCUUUCUACGUAUACAUUGUAGGAUCGGCUCUUAUGACCAUCAUGUCAUUUGUGCUCUGCUUUGCUCCACCCACGAAUCCCUCCACUCCAAUGGUAUGUAUAGUGUCUUUAGUGUACACAAUUGGGUCAAGUGUUAGCCAUUAAUUUACAUAGCUCAUGCAAUCACCAGCUUUGGAAAAUCCCGCUCAAUGACCGAGCGUCGUUUUCAUGUCAGUUUUCUUUUUUGAGUUGUUAGCGUAAUACAAUUGGUACCGAAUGUUUGGAUUUUGUUGUUGUAAAAUGACAAGUCAGACUUGUGGGUUGAAAUGUUGCAACAUAAAGCACAAAUUCUUGGUGGUGUACAUUGUGCAUUUAAACUCAUUUAGUUGUAAAAGGUGUCUGUUUAAUAUUUAUAUAAAACUUGUGCAUUCAUAGGGCCAAGAUUUCAAAGUUAUUCUUUUUUUUCCCUUCUGUCUAUUUAAAAAAAAAAUGAAAGUUCAAUUAAAUUCAAUGACAUUAAUGAUACUUAAAUAGUAUUUUUUACUGUGUAGCUUAUUAAAAUGAAUCAAUUAAGUACAUCUGGACUUUUUAAAGUGCAUGCGUGUUUCAAGAAAAUAUAUGUCACAACCUCUCUUUGUGGUUGUUUAUUGAUGCAUUUUUUUUUACUCCUCUCCACAACACAGAUUUUCAAUGGCGUUGGCCAAGUGCCCACUGGGAUUCAACCGAUGACCAAUGUCCAGAUUAACCAGCCCGUCAGUUUGCAAAAUAACAUGGUGAAUCCUUAACCCUCUCCCAGUCGCUGCUAGAGGUCAAGGACAUGCAUUGGGCACAGUGACAGCUAGUUUGUGUUAUUUGGGACUUCUCAUUGUUAAGGACUUGAAUAUAUUGUGUGAUUGAGUGUUUUUUUUAGAGAUUAUGUGUGUUGUGUUAUCUAUUAUUCUUAUUAUCUUGUGACGUAUUGUGUGAAAGGGGAUAUGACGUAGUAUUAUUGUAGAGUGUGGUCUUGUGAGUAAUGGCAGUUCAAGAUGUAGAUUUAUUCGUUAAUAAAGAUAUUUAAUAUGAGAAUAAUGGUUUGUGAAGUGUAUAUAAUUAAACCCUAGACAGAGCGAAGCCAACGAACCUUUUAAGUAAGACCAGGUUCGUAACAUUUUGGGAGGUUCGUCUGAGAUUGGGCUCCUACAUCCUGCCGUGCCUGCAUGCUGAUGUAUAUGUGUGCUGC